GUGCGUCUCUUCCCAGGAUAUCUGCAUGUUUGGCGCACAGAUGACCAAGGGCAAGUGCUGCGUCCAGAAGACCACCACUACCUGCUUCGCCUCGCUCGAGGUCGCCUGCCCGAGCGGCUGCAACAGCCUGGGCAGCCUGUGCGCGCCAAACAAGUCAUAUCUGGACGUUGUCAAUGUGCUGCAGGUGCAGGAGGUGCCCAACCCAUCAUACAAGGAGGCGGCGGACGGCAAGGCCUGGUUCAAGCUGGGGCUGCCGAUGUUUGACCUGGGAAAGGGCGCGCUGAUCGCCGGGGCCAAGGCCGCCAUUGAGAGCAAGCUGAUUGGCGUCUCCACGCUGGGCAAGGGCAAGGGCUGGGGCAAAGGCAAGGGCUCUUGGGCAAAGGUGGACGUCGUGCCUCAGUGCUUCUCCAAUGAGAACGAAGUUGUGUGCAUGGAGCCCAAAGUCAGGACCAUGUACGCACCGACCCUGGCCAACUGCCCGCCCGGCUGCGCCGGCCCCAUCGGCGGCGCGUGCGUCUGCAACCCUGGCGGCCCGGCGCCUUGCCCUCCUGGCACUGACGACUGCCCGUCCCCCGCUGGCCGGAUCUGCGUGUCGAAGUCCCUUUGCUACGGCCUGAACCAGUGCAAGAUCGCCUCCAUCCUCAUGCCCCACCUGCCGCCCGUUACGUGCCCUGGCGGGGCCCCAGCCACGCCGGCGCCCGCGCCCGCCGCGCCGGCGGCGUCGGUGGCCGCCAAGGCGACUGCGGCUGCCUCCACUGGCGGGAAGUGA